AUGCGUUCGUUCGCCUUGCUCCCUCUACUCGCCAGCCUUUCCGUCGCUCUUCAGCUAUACGUCGAAGAGCGCUCAGUACCCCUCUCCUGCGCCUUAACAGACGCAUUCCCCUCCGGACCAGGAACAGCCUACACUUCCCAAGCCCCCUCAGCUCAGCUCUCCUCUGCCCUGCGCGACAUCUCCUCGUCCAAUGUUGAAGAGAUCAUCACGUCUCUCGUGGGUUUCGGCACGCGCAACACGAUGUCGUCGCAGACUGACCCGGUGAGGGGCGUCGGCGCGGCGCAGAGGUGGCUUGAGGCGAGGAUGGGCAACCUCACGGAGGGUGUGGCGCAUGCGAAGGUUGAGGUUCAGACGUACGAGCAGCCAGCAUCAGGCUCCAUCCUCUUCCCAGUGAACAUCUCCAACGUCGUAACGACCUUCACCGGCUCAGUCACACCCAACAGAGUAUACAUCAUCACCGGCCACUACGACUCGCGCAACACCAACAACUCCGACUUCAUCAACGACGCGCCGGGCGCGGACGACGACGGGAGCGGCGUGGCCGUCGUGCUCGAGCUGAUCAGGGUGUUUUCGAAGCUGCCGCAGCCGAAGGCGACGAUUAUGCUGGGGGCUGUUAGUGGGGAGGAGCAGGGGUUGCUUGGGAGCGGGAACUUUGCGAAUAUUACGAGGGAUGCUGGGUUGGAUGUUCAAGGUAUGUUCACAAACGACAUCGUCGGCUCCUCAAAGGGCGACCCCGGCUCAUCCGACCCGCACACGAUCCGCCUCUUCGCACAGGGCGUACCAUCAUUCACCGAGUCCCUCGCGCAGAUGACCAACCGCGUACAAGUUGGCGGCGAGAACGACUCGCCUGCGCGCGAGCUGGCGAGGUUCGCCGCGGACGUGGCUAGUAAUAGUGUGACGGAUAUGAAUGUGGCGGUCGUGUAUCGCGCGGAUAGGUUCUUGAGGGGUGGAGAUCAUGAGCCGUUUCUUCGUCAGGGCUUCCCUGCGGCGAGGUUCACGGAGCCGCAUGAGAACUUUGCGCAUCAGCACCAGGACGUGCGCGUCCAAGACGGAACCCAAUUCGGCGACCUCCCCGAAUUCUGCGACUUCCCCUUCAACGCACGCGUCGCGCGCGUAAACGGCGCAACGAUCUGGUCCCUCGCCGCCGCGCCCGGCACUCCCAAAAACGUAACGCUCGACACCUCGGUCCUCACGAACAACUCGACGCUCACGUGGUCCGUCGAUAACGAGAGCGGGAUGACGGCCGGGUACGAGGUGCUGUGGCGCGCGACGGACGCGCCGCGGUGGACGAAUGUUAUCGGGGUGGGCUUUGUGGGAAGGGCGACGGUUGAUGUUAGUAAGGAUAAUGCGAUUAUGGCUGUUAGGGCUGUUGGAAAGGAUGGGAUGAGGAGUCCGGGGGCGUUCCCAUUGGGCGUUUGA